AUGGAGUUAGUAAAGUGGAUGAAGCCUGGCAAUAAUGGUGCUGAAGCGGAGGAUGCAGACAAGAGGCGUAGUUCUUCCAAGAGACGAAUGUCUGCCACGAUGGGAUGGUCUGGCGUCGUUGGUCCGUUGGCUAGGUACUUGUCAACCUCGGCAGUCGUGCUAGCGCAGCCAUUUCACAAGCCAGAAGCCCAGCCAGAAGCCUUUGAAGCAAAGUGUCAAAGUUGGUGGCAGUUAGCCCUGUAA